AUGCCUCUUUCUCUCAUCAAGACUGUCGGUGUGAUCGGUACUGGAGUGAUUGGCGCCAGUUGGACCGCGCUUUUUCUCGCCAAGGGUUUGAAGGUUAUAGUAACGGAUCCAGCACCCGAAGCCGAGGCCAAACUCCGUGACUAUCUGCAAAAAAAUUGCGCAAAGAUACCAAAUGCUCAAGUGACGAUCAAUGACUGCUUCAAGAAUCUCAGAUUCGUCAAGGACAUCGACGCUUAUCUUGGGGAUGUAGAUCUCAUCCAAGAAAAUGGACCGGAGAGACUGGACUUCAAACGCCGCCUUUUUGCUCAUCUAGACGCAAAAACCCCCGAGCAUGUUCUGAUCGCAUCUUCGUCCUCCGGUCUCCCUUCAUCAGAAUUUGUCACUGAGUGCACAAACAAGCCUGCCCGUAUUCUGAUUGGUCAUCCUUUUAACCCUCCACACUUGGUGCCUUUGGUGGAGGUAGUUCCUCAUCCUGGAACGGGUGAUGAGUACGUGACUGCUGCGUGCCAGUUUUACCGAAGUCUAGGCAAAGACCCGGUAGUUGUGAAGCAAGAGGCUCCUGGCUUCAUCGCCAACCGACUCCAAGCCGCUUUAUGUGCUGAAGCCUACAGCCUUAUCUCUAGAGGAGUCAUCUCAGCUGAAGACCUUGACAAAACCAUGACAUCCGGUCUUGGGCUUCGCUGGGCAUUGACUGGACCCAUCAUGACCAACGCUCUCGGCGGAGGCGGAGACUUCAACCAUUUCAUAGAUCAUCUGGGACCGGCAUUCAAAUCAUGGUUGGAUGACAUGCACCAGCACCAAUUUAAGCUUGAUUCCCCGGAGGAAAUUGGCAACGUCAAAGGGAGAGUGAAUGACUGGGUAUCACGCGUCAACUUGGAAGAGGUCGAGAAGAAACGCGAUGAAGCUUUGGUUGAUCUUGUUCGAAAUAAAUGA